CCAGCGACUUUCAAACACAACAAAAAAACAAAAUGAAAACAACCCUCUCAACCCUCCUCUUUGCCGGACUAUUUCUCGCUGGAAUCAUCGUCCCUGAGCCGGUUGCUUCCCAGAAUAACGUAAACAGAGCUGAUAUAGUGACCCAAGAAUUCUUCAAUGGGAUUAUAAACAAGUCUCCCAACACCUGUCGCGGAAAAAGCUUUUACACACGUGUGGCGUUUCUUAGAGUCAUCAGAGACUACCAAGAGUUUGCUAGAUCCGGUUCGAUGGAUGAUUCAAAGCGAGAACUCGCGGCCUUCUUUGCUCAUGUUACUCAUGAGACUGGUCACUUCUGUUACAUAGAAGAGAUAAAUAAACAAGAGUACUGCGAUAGGACCCGGAAUGCAUAUCCGUGUGCCCCUAACAAACGCUACUAUGGGAGAGGUCCACUUCAAAUUACAUGGAACUACAACUAUGGUGCAGCUGGAAGUAGUAUUGGGUCCGAUUUGCUCGGGAACCCAGAUAUCGUGGCUAAUGACCCAAUGAUUUCGUUCAGGACUGCCUUGUGGUUUUGGAUGACAAAUGUUCAUUCGGUCGUCGGUCAAGGGUUCGGAGCUACAAUCAGAAAAAUUAAUGGCGGUGAAUGCAAUGGUGGGAAUGCAGGUCAGGUGAGUUCUCGUGUCGCGUACUACACCGAUUAUUGUAAUCAGUUUGGUGUUUCACCCGGCCCUAAUCUUCGGUGUUAGUUUUGGGUUCAAUGUAAUAUGCCAUGUCGAACCGGACUACACGGAAGGAUGGUUUUUAGUACUUAUCUAUGUUUGAAAAUAAAUGUUCUCAUGGUGGCAAGUAUUUUUUUGAUAUUUGACACAAUGAAGGUCGGUGAUAAAUUACAAUAAUUUCUGAUGAACUAA